UUCCACAAAGCGACCUCUUCCUCCCUCUUCCCGUCCUCCCGCCCCCCCCUCUGUGCCCCCCCCCGCACCCCUCUUCUGUGUCCUCCCCACCCAAAGCUAUCUCUCUGAUGGCAGCUGUGCUGUGCAUUUUACGUACUGCAUGCUGUCGAUCAGCCUUUCUAUUAACUUUAACAGGGUUGCUCCGGGGUCCUGGGCUCGCUUUGCCAUAAUUUCCAUUUGUGAGUACUAACUCAUUGGGUUAAAAUUUGCUGCAUGUUUAAAAAAAGAAAAAGAAAACCCGUCGGAGGGAGGGACAUUGUGUAGCCGCCUGUUUUUGAGGAGAUAUCUGUAGUUACCUUUGAUAGCAGCCCUUCCCUUGACAAUGUAUGGAUUGCAGAAAUUUGCCGGAGCAGGACUGUUCACUCCUAGUUGAUUGUUUUCGGUUUCUAGCUUUCUGUAGGAAUUAGUCGAAGAUGUGGAACGCUACUUGAGGAAGCCACGCUGAGGGCAUACUCACACUAUUAUAGCACUUUCCUAAAUGUAUCUGACUGGAACUGCGGACAGAGCCGGAUGAAUCUGACUGCCAUCGCAUCCAGAGCUAAGUAGAAAAGAAGUCCUCGUGUGAGUAGACCCUGAUGAUUAUGGCAGCAGAACUGUAUUCUAUUCUUGGACGCAUCUGAUCAUUUGACAUUGCCGGCCCCCGUUUCCACAUACACCUGGAUACCUAGGUCAUGUGGAAUUGCUGGUGUGGGGGGGUUCCACAUACAGUGGGCAUAUGGUAUCGCAAAUGCCGAUUGAGAAGGCAUGCAGCAGGGAUGGCAUGAGCAAUGAAUGUGAUAAUAGCUGCUCAGUUCUUUUUCUUUUCUCGUUUUCUUCUUUAGUCCCCCCCCCCCCUCCCCCCCUUUGAAUUGCUACCCCGGCUUUGUGCUCCUACCUUAGAUUCAUUGCAUAACAAUUGUGUUGUCGGCCGACGCCGGGGGCAGUUUUCUUACACUGUGUAGAAAGUGCCAGAAAGUUAGAAACAUGUGUAGCUGUAGAAAUUUGUUGUUGGUCAGCAUGCAAGAGCGCACAUGAAUUGUUCUGCAGGACUGUUGCGGCUCAGUGUGGAUGGUUGAGGCUCGGGAAAAGACUACUCGUUCAACUUGCAACAAUUCCUGUUUUUUUUUUUGUUUUUUUUUUUGUUUGUUUGUUUGUUUUUUUUUGGGGGGGGGGGAAGCUCAGGUUUUUUGACAGUGUAAGAGUGCAGAAGAUUUGUUUUAGGAGGCGAGGGAAGUUUGGGCUCUGAUUGGUUCGAUGGUUGGUUGCUUCAGUCGUGUAGAUUUUUGAUCCAGGGAUUCUGACAAUUGUUUUUAAUAGGGAUUUUGACUUUCUGAUUUUAAUGAUGGAGCAACGAGAUUCUGAGGCGAAAGUGUUGAAGCCUGGCAGCAAUACGACAGAAAUGAAAGUGGUGGUAACCGUUGCAAUUGAUGGCGGGUGAGGGUUUUGUAUGUGCAGGAAGGAGAUGAAGUGCAAGCUGCGUCUCCUGUAUUGCCUGGCUCGGCGGAUUGGGAAAGUUAAGUAUUGCUCUGUGUGUACGGAGAGAACGCCUCCGUUUUCAAUGGUGUGGUCCUUCGCUUUCCGUGUGCUUUGUGAGUUCAUGUUGCAGGGUCUGUAGACCUUUUUUUUUGUGUGGUUUUAGAACUUUUAGGGAUGAUUGUAUUCAGUUUGUUCAACUUUGUUGCACUUAAUAUCUGAUGUUUUCUGUAGUCGAGAGAGUUGAUCAGGUUCAUUGUAUCGGGAUCCAUUAAAUUCUCUCCAGCAAUUCGCUCGACCUGAUUGGCUGUAAACGUCAGUGUGUUCACAUAGGAAAGGAUAUGGGCUGCUCGACAAGAGGUGAAUAUUGUUUUCCUUGUUUGGAAUCGAAGUGACAAACCGACCAUGUAUGAGGUCCAACAGAGAGGUCUCACUGCAUAGGGGCUUUUUAACUGUGAAGCAGAUGAGCACUCUCUGCUUGAAAUAGCAUGGGCACCUAAAGGUAUUAGGCAUUACCUUGGAUGGGUUCAUGGAUGUUCGGCACUUUAUUUGUUGUGCUACACGUUGGAGAGUUUGUUAUGACAGCAGCGGAGCAGCGGACGCGACAGGCCAAUAGACGGUCUCCGAUCUCAAAUUGAGCGUAGUGUUGAAGAGCGGCAUUCAGCAACCGUUUGUGAAUGCCAGUUCAAGGAGCCUCUAUCCUUCGUGUUCCCAGCAUUACAGAGCCGAUAAAAGAGAGAUGACGGCACUGAUACGCCCAAGCCGCGAUAUUUUCAGAGUCCACAAUGAACAUGUUUCUGCAAGGCUGGGGCCUUGGAAUGGUGAUUUAAAGCACUGUUCGCCAACAAUUCUUUGGAGGUGCAUCUGCCCUUCUGCAUCCAUAGAGCAGGGGCAUCAACAAGGACCGCGAACAACCUCCUGCAGCUCUGCUGCCGUCGCCGAAAUCCCCCAUUGUACGAUGACAGCGGUGGAUUUGAAGUCAGGAAUGAUCGUGGGGACGGAGACCAUGCUCCAGGGGAACGAGUCGUCAUGGAAGCUGGAGACACAGUUUGUUGAGAAACUGCUACAUCGGUUGAAGGACAAGAAGAACCUCGUAAUCGCAGAGGUUGUACAUGAUGAUUGUGGCGCGGUUGACGUCAUAUUGCGGCGAAUGAACAUUGACUCACAAAAGUGGGUGUCCACGAGAAAAAAGGAUGAACUCGUUGAGAUUGUUUGGGGCGGGCUCUUCCCCAACGAAGCAGGGAAAGCUUUGCCAGAUGAUGUUGUCGAGAUCGAGGCGUUGCAAACACUGCAUUGCAAUGCGGCGGAGGAGGCGAAGGAGUGGUUGUACGGCGCUUGCAGGCUGCGCGAGCGCGCAAAGGAUGACGAUGGCGAUGUGUUGGCCACGCAUGUGGAUCCAUUGUACGAGGCGGGGGGGCGUGUUCAUUUCGUCGUCACGCGCUGUCUUGAACAGUUCGCUUCGAAUACGAAGAUGGCGUACUACACACGUGCGAGGAUGACCUUCAACAACGAGUGCUUCCACUCCGUGAUCCACAAGUACGCAACGAAACGUCCGAACUUCCCCAAGUCGUAUGAGGCGCGUGUGUGUUGCACCGCUUUGGAGUGGAACAAAAACAAACGAAUCAGGCGAUUGCGCACAGUCUUCCGCAAACCGACAAAUGUAACCCAUCGACGUCGUUCCGCACGACAGCAUAUAUACGCCGCACGGGAUACGUUGUGGCGCUUCGACAUUGCAACUGCAGUUUUUGGCAGCCCUCGGGUCGGAGAUUGGGCACGUAACAUGUUGCAGCAAUCGGACAUCGACGACCCAGUUAUUGAGCAUUAUGAUGAGGAAGCCGAUUAUAGACUCCCUAAUGUCGUUGAGAGUGUGGUGGAGGGUGUUGUGAUCGAAGGUGAUAAUGUUUUCGUUGAGGCGGGAAGCGAAAGUGCUUCCGAUGACGAAAAGUCGUCUUCCGACUCACCGAUGGUGUCGCUCACCGCCUCGAUUUUGACGGCGUCGUUCUUUCGCAUGAGGUGUCCGUUGCGCAGAAGUGAUAGUGUCACGUACUACAUCGAUGCCCAUUGUCAUCGUCAUAAUUAUUAGAAUGUUAUAUCCUCGAUUUGAACCGGUUGUGAUAACUGGUUGUGAGAACAGGUUGUGAGAACUGGUUGUAAUUUUGAAUU